GCAACGUUAGCAUGUUAGCAUGAUCCAGCGUAGGAGCAGAGUUAUCAUGGAAAUGUGCUCGUAGCGGACCUUUCUUCUCUUUCUAUGACUAUUGGAUGUGUGUAAAAUGUCCGGGCUUCUGGAUUUUUCAGAACUUCCUGCUGGCGUCCAGAAGCUGUUGGACAGUGAAGAAGAGCCUCCUGAGCAGCAGGAGUGGAUCCACAGCCUGGACCACGAGGACUCUGAGCCUCUGCACAUUAAAGAGGAAGAGGAAAUACUGUGGCUCAAUCAGGAGGGAGAGCAGCAUCAAGAACUGGAGGAGGCUGCUAACAUGAAGUUUACAUUCAAUCCUGACCACGUAAAGAGUAAAGAGGAUGAAGAGGGAACUCAGCUAUCACAUGUUCACCAACUACAAACUAAACAGAUAGAAACAGGAGCUGAAGGAGAGGACUGUGGAGGAACAGAGAUUGAAAUCAAGAUUGAAGACUAUUCUGACCCUGAGACUGAUGAUAGUGCUGACUGGUGGGAAACUAGAAACCAGCAGUCAGGCUUUAACUCUGUGGGAAGCAUUGAAGGCAUAGCAAAUUGUUGCACGUCUUAUGGGCGAAGUAACAGGCACACAACUGUUGCCCUUGUGCCUGCAGACCCAUGUGAGUCUGAGGGUGAGGACAUUAGUGAACCUGAGGAGGAAGAUGAUGCUGAUUGGGUCCCCCCAUGUGACAAAAAUGCUCCCCCACCGCCAAAGAAACAGAGAACCAAAAGCAGGCUAACAGACAGCAUUCAACACAGCGACUUCGAGGAGGGUGAUGAUGCUGAUUGGGUUGGUCCAUGUGAUGAAAAUGUUCCACCACUGCCAAAGAAGAAACAGAGGACCAAAAGCAGGCUCAUAGAGGUCCCUUCAAACAGCAUUCUCAAUCCCUCUCCUCCUUCUGCAACGAAAAAACAAAGAAAUUGGGCCAAGAAGGACAUUCCUAUGUUCACUGUCCCAGAGCCUGUCUUCUCGGUUCCAGAGUCAGUCCAGGAGCCAUUGGAGUAUUUCAAGAGGCUCUUCAGUGACCAGAUGAUUGAGCACAUAUCUGAGCAUACUAACCUGUACUCAGUUCAGCAGACUGGGGCAUCUGUCAACACCACAGCUGCUGAAAUUGAAGAUUUCUUGUCAGUGUUGCUGUAUAUGGGCGUGUUCCCGUUCCCCGCUAUUGGAGAUUACUGGGCUGCUGAGUCACGCUUUCCUCCAGUGGCAGACACCAUGUCAGUGAAGCGUUUCCAGGUUCUCAGAAGAUAUGUCCACUUCAGCGACAACUUCCAGACAGAGGGCAGCACUGACCGCUACACCAAGAUCCGUCCUCUCUUUGACAUGUUCAGACAACAGUGCCUCUUGAUUCCUGCCACCAACAGGCAAAGUGUUGACAAAGUGAUGGUGGCGUACAAAGGAUCCCGAGCUGGCAACCUUCUCCAGAAUAAGCUGGAUAAGUGGGGGUUCAAGAUUUUCUGUCGGGGCAGCUCAUCAGGAAUCAUCCACGACUUUAUACUCUACCAAGGGGCCACAACAUUCUGCAACAUUCAAGAGGAAGAAGUUGCACAUCUCGGCUUGGAAGACCUCCACCUAGGUGCCAAGGUUGUCUCUAUACUCUGCAACACCAUCGCCAACAAAGAGGCAACUGUGGUGUUUUAUGAUGACUUCUUUACCAGCCACACCUUGGUGAAGAUGCUGCACACUAACCUGGGAAUCAGAAGUGUUGGUACCGCCAGAGAAAACCUCACAGGUGGUGCAAUACUGCUGAGUGACAAGGAGCUGGAGAAGCAAGAGAGAGGAGCCGUUGAUUUCUGUUCAUCCAGCGGAGUCAUUGCAGUGAAGUGGUAUGGCAGCAAGUGUGUCACCUUGCUGAGCAAUGCAUGUGGGGUAGAGCCACUGUCUUCAGUGAAAAGAUUCUCAAAGGAUGCACAACAGAAGGUUGGUGUGCCAUGCCCAUCUAUUGUCCUGGCCUACAAUCAAGCCAUGGGGGGCAUCGAUCUCUCAGAUAUGCUGGUGAACCUCUACAAAACAUCAACGAAGUCAAGGCGCUGGUAUAUGCCCUUGUUUGGGUACAUCAUUGACUUGAGCAUAGCUAAUGCAUGGCUUAUCUACAAGAGGGACUGCGACCUUCUCAAGGAGAAACCAAUGCCUCUAAAGAAGUUCCGUCUGUCUGUCGCAGCUGCACUGACUAAAGCCAACAAGGUGCCAGCUAGGGCUGGCUGGCCACCAAGUGCACAGCACAAGCAACAUAUCCGUCGCCUUAACCCCCGAUGCCUCCACCCCACCAUGCAGGUCCGCUAUGAUGGCAUCGGACACUGGCCGUCAGUUGGCCGUCAGCGAGGGAGGUGCAACUUCUGCAAAGGUGGAGUGUCACGAUGGCGGUGUUCCAAGUGUGGAGAUGGCAAGUUGUUCCUUUGCUUGAACAGCAAAAAGCAGUGCUUUGUUGCAUACCACCAGAAGUGAAUGCAGAUUUGACAGGGUCUUAGUUUCACACUAAGCAAGUUUGACAAGUGUGAGCUGGAAAUAUGAAGCCUGUUCCCAUCACUGUUCAUAAAGAUUCAAUUAAUUUCUGUUCACAUUGAAUAACUGAGCAUUGUAGACUGUAUUUGAUUUCAGUGAAAUUACAUUGUUGGUUUUAUAAGUAUAUACAGAUACCUUUGGAAAUAUAUUUGUUAAAUAAAUGAAAAGUUAUUUUAACAAUUUCUACUCUGUGAUGCAGAAAUGAAAGAAAUCCAUUCAUGCCCAGAAUAACCCUAAACGGGUAAAUCAACCAGCCAGUUGACCUGCAUAUCUGCUACCUGAUUGGGUAAUCUGAAAAAUAAAAGCUGAAUUGCUGCCAAAUGAAGAGGCAGAAACAUA